GAGUAGAGAGUAUUAGCAAUUUCUGAAAGUUUCUUUUCAUUCAGCUUCUUCCCUAUUUGAGAAACAUCCAGUUCAACAACAGUGCUGGAGAUGAAGUCUCCUUCUCAGAAAAUGGCCUGGGAUCUGCUCGUUAUGAUCUUUUCAACUGGGUUCUGCUCCCCAACGAAUCUUUUGUCCCUGUGAAAGUUGGAGAGAUAGAUCCCGGGGCUCCUGCAGGACAGGAUUUCACCAUUAACUCUGAUGCAAUUGUCUGGGCAAAAAAGAAGGUGCCCUUUGCCAGGUGUGGCAUGAAGAGGUGCCAGGCAGGAGAGAGGAAAAGAGUUCCAGAGGGCGAACAGGUGUGCUGCUACCAAUGUGACCCUUGUCCAGAAGGGACCAUUUCUAACCAGACAGAUUCUGCAAGCUGUGAUCCCUGCCCAGAAGACCAAUAUCCCAACAAGGACAAGGACCACUGCAUUGCCAAGAAGAUCCACUUCCUUGCCUAUGAAGAUGCCCUGGGAUAUGCUUUAGCUUUGCUCACACUUUCUUUCUCUGCAAUCACAUUGGGAGUCCUGGCAAUUUUCCUUAAACAUCGUGACACACCAAUUGUCAAGGCCAACAACAGAGAUCUCACCUACAUCCUUCUGGUCUCCCUCCUGCUCUGCUUCCUCUGCUCCUUCCUCUUCAUUGGUCGACCAGGGAAGAUCACCUGUCUCUUCCGACAAACUGCCUUUGCCAUUCUCUUUUCCCUUGCAGUUUCCUCCAUUUUGGCAAAAACUGUCAUGGUGGUUCUGGCCUUCAUGGCUACCAAACCAGGAAACCAAACUAGGAAACUCUUAGGAAAACCACUGACCAACUCCAUUGUUGUAGCCUGUCCCCUGGUCCAAGUAGUUCUUUGUGCCACCUGGUUAGUAACCUCUCCCCCAUUUCCCAAUUUGGAUUUCCAUGCCUUGACUGGGGAAGCCAUUUUGGAAUGUAAUGAAGGCUCAGCUUCAAUGUUUUACGCUGUCCUCUCAUACCUGGGUUUCCUGGCCUUUGUGAGUUUCACAGUGGCUUUCCUGGCUAGGAAAUUGCCCGACAGCUUUAAUGAAGCCAAGUUCAUUACUUUUAGCAUGCUGGUCUUUUGCAGUGUUUGGAUCUCCUUCCUCCCCACCUACCUGAGCACCAAAGGGAAGUCCAUGGUGGUUGUGGAGAUCUUCUCCAUCUUGGCCUCUGGGGCUGGUCUCUUGGCUUGCAUCUUUUCCCCUAAAUGCUUCAUUAUCCUAUUCAGACCCCAUCUUAACUGUUAUCGCUACUUCCAGUGGAAUCAGGGGAAACUCCAUCUUGGCAGCCUUUCCCAUGCUGCUCAUCCAUUAGGCUUUUGGGAUCAGGUAGAGGAGCCUGGCCACAACUCCUUCACCUUGUUGCUGGAGGACCUUGCCUGGUCCUCCGAAGAGCUAACUGCAGGGUUUGGUGAGGCUCAACUGGCCUUUGUGUCAAAGCCCAAACACAGAUGCCUAAUCAAAGAUUACCAUCAGUUCCUGGCCUUGAUGUUUGCUGUCAUGGAGGUGAAUAAGGAUCUAGUUCUCCUCCCCAACAUCACCCUUGGCUUCCGCAUCUAUGAAAAUAAGAAGAUGGAGAGGAAUAUUUUCUUAAACAGCCUCUCCCUGCUCUCCACACGGCGCCAAAUGGUUCCAGGUUACAAAUGUGACAGGCAGGAGACUCUGCUCUCUGUCAUUGGAGGUCACAACUCCAAAUCCUCAAGGCAGAUGGCCUCCAUCUUCAGCAUCCUCAAAGUCCCACAG